CCCUUACCUGAGCAGCCUGUGGCUGAACAACCGCAUAAAGUGGAAGAAGAAAAUAAGGAGAAUACUCCUGCUAAUGAGAAAACUGGCAAUUAUUAUAAAGAUACGAAACAAUAUGUGUUUACAACGCAAAAUCCAAAUGGCACACAGUCUGAAAUAUCUGUGAGAGCAACAACUGACCUGAAGUUUUCUCUAAGAAACUAACCAACCCAGAGUCCAAAUGAGCCUGCAUUUUGGACAAUGUUAGCUAAAGCUAUAAAUGCAACCACCAGUGAGGACAACCAACGAGAUCAAUUUUUUCACCCAAUUCCAAACUCUGAUCUGAAUGCUACAGAUGAAGACAGCCUGGCAGAACUACAGGAAGCCAAAUUAAAGUUAAUGCUGGGCAUCUUGUUGAUGACCCUCUUCCUUUUUGUCAUCCUCUUGGCAAUCUGUAGUGCCGUGCUGUACAAAAUGAAGACAAUGAAAUAUAAAAAAGCUUGUCAGAGUGGUGAAUACUCUGUCAACCCAGAGCUGGCAACUGGUUCUUACUUUCAUCCAUCAGAAGGCGUAGCAGAUACAUCUUUUUCUAAGAUUGCUGAGAGCAGCACAUUUUGGGGCACCACUUCUUCAGAAUUAAGGAAAUCAGACACAAGUGCACACGAUUUUCGGAGCCAGAGGAGGUGACCUUGAGCAGUAGCCCAUGCUGCCCUCCGCGGGUUACUUUUGCCAUUUUCCAUGCCCUUUUGACAGCCCCGGGGGUCGGUGCCAGCGUUUGUGCUGCCACUUCAGGCACCGGGAAAUGUGGUGGGAACUGAGCGAGGCAGCUCGUUGCAGCAGCUUGGAGGUGCUCGGAGUGCAGCGGAGCCAUGUUGAAGCCAUGGGAACUGACCUGUUAGUCAACAAUUCCCUGCGUCUAAGGCUGGG